UCUCGCAUCCACCUACCACCAGCUUAUUCAGAGACUUUAACAACCGUAACCAGUGGUACUUUUGUUGCUCAGUUACAUCGAGCGGAAGAAAGUUUUCAUCUGCCUGCAAUGCAAAGCGGUUACCACUCAUUUCCGGCUAGCGGCGCCUCCCCAAUCCUCAGCCCUACCAAGUCCAGGACGCAGUCGAGCUUCGCGCCGCUGCGGCCGUGGCGGCAGCUCAUCGGUAACCUAUCUUCGUAUUCUCGUCCGCUCUCGCUCCCCGAUCUCGCGGCGAGGCUCCGACGGAACCUCUACUACUUCCGCGUCAACUACGCCGUCGUAAUGCUUUUCAUACUCUUCCUCAGCCUCAUCUGGCAUCCCGUCUCGAUGAUAGUCUUCUUAGUCGUCUUCGUCGCCUGGCUCUCCCUCUAUUUCUUCCGCAAAGAGCCGCUGGUUAUCUUCAAUCAGACGUUUGAGGAUAGGGUGGUGUUGAGCGUUCUCAGCAUAGUCACGGUGGUGAGCUUGGGGAUGACCGGCGUCUCGCUCAACGUUUUCCUGUCCGUUUUGAUUGGGGCGGCGGUUGUUACCCUGCACGCGGCGUUUAGAGCCACCGAAGAUUUGUAUCUUGAAGAAGAGGAAGCUGCCGGCGGCGCAAUGCUCCCCUCCUUCUUUGGUACCACCUCUCGAGGGGUCUCCACUAGGGUAGUGUUGGUUUGAAAAGCUUUUGUAACACUUGUUUUGAUCAUAUUUCGUAUGGAAAUACUGAAUUUGGGUUUUGCGCAAA